GUAAAAUCUAUUUCUCUCUAAUUUUGAUUUCCCCUCUCCCUAUUCCCCGCUGCUAUCAACCAUAUCUCGCCGGAGACACCGCCGUACAUCCGUACGCCGGUGCCUCUGUCGUCACUUGCAACACUUCCUCCGGCCAGCAUCACCGUUCAUCCCUUCGAAUCACAUAUCUAAUUGGGAGCUAUACGUGAUACUCAUCAAUGAAACAGAGAUUCCGAUUCUCUUUUCCCGUCACAGUAGUGAUCGCGGCCAUCAUCUACAUAUAUGUAUCUACUGUAUUAGUCUUCGUUGACCAAUGGUUCGGUCUAUCUUCUUCCCCUGGGAUUAUCAACGCUGUCGCUUUUACCGCCUUAGCCCUUUUGUGCAUCUACAGUUAUACUAUCGCCCUAUUUACCGAUCCUGGCCGAGUAACCUCAAGUUUCGUACCCGACGUCGAGGAUAAGCUCAAGGAAGGAGACUUGAAAUACUGCGAGAAAUGUUCCACCUUUAAACCUCCACGAACACAUCAUUGUCGCGUAUGUAAAAGAUGUGUAUUGCGAAUGGAUCACCAUUGCAUUUGGAUGAACAACUGCGUUGGCUAUGAAAACUACAAAACCUUCUUUGUCUUUGUUCUGUAUGCUGUGACAUCAUCUGUCUACUCCCUGGUUCUUCUCGUGGGUAGUAUAUUGCAUGAAAAAGAAAUCGAUGAUGAACAGAAGAAAGGUUCCUUCAGAACCAUAUAUGUCAUAUCUACACUUUUGCUUGUCCCACUGACCAUAACUCUGGGCACUUUGUUGGGUUGGCAUAUCUAUCUCAUCUUAAGAAACAAGACAACUAUAGAGUAUCAUGAAGCAGUGAGGGCCAUGUGGUUGGCAGAGAAACGAGGAGACGUGUAUUCGCAUCCAUACGAUCUCGGGUCAUUUGAGAAUUUGAAAUCAGUUCUCGGUUCGAAUAUCUUAUGCUGGGUAUGUCCAACUACAACCUCCCAUCUUGGUUCAGGCCUUAGAUUCCGAACUGCAUGAGAUCAAGUUUCAACGUUUAAGUAAGCGAGAGCUUAUUUGGUUUUGGUUUGCUUAGUUUUACCGAUAAAUUUUGUUCAUUAAUAGAGUAUCUUCAUCUUAUACUGAUGGUCAAAACCAAUUAGUUUCUAAAAAUUGUAUAUUUGGACUAGAUUGAUGAUAUGUACACAACCAAUUGUUGUAUCAUGUCCAUACAAGAUAAAUUUGCUAUUUUACUUGUUUUUAAAAUUUAAAUUAAUUUAAU